UUAAUACUAUGUAAUGUUUCCUAAAUGUAAAUAAAAUAAUUACCUCUUCUCUCACAGACAACCUACGUACACCACAGAGUGUUCAGAGGAGAUUCACUACGGAGCCAACUGAAACGGGAGGAGCUAAUUAGUAUGCUGUGUGCAUUGAUGAGCAAAUCCAUCAUUAGCUCCUUGUCUUUGGAUAGAGCUUUUCAGGUUCCAGUUGACGCAGUCUCAGAUACAAAGGAAAGCAGAGCUUCUGCUGUGAAGUUGGGUACGAAUGCCAGAACGCCCCCUCCUCGCCCCACCCUCACUAUCAGUCAGAGGGAUAAUAAGCCUGUCCAAGAGGACAGCAGGAGGAGAAUCCGACAUCUCCGUACUCUUCAGGCUCCCAAGAGGGUGGUCAGCUCCAUGGACUUGGACAUUUUCAGGACCACUAGUAGAAGCAGUGGGAUGGUGGGUCAAGCUGGCUUGUCCAGUCAACAGCAACAACAAUCUCUUCAGCGAGCCUCCCAGCACCUCUGCAGCCAUCUCAAACACAUCCCUAGCAGCCUCUGAGAUCACUGAGAAUUUGGUGUGUAAACUCCUCCAGGGGGAUUCUCCAGACUUCAUGUCAUCCAGCAACCACACCAGCCCAAGCCCCUGAGGAACAACAUUCAACUAAUGGAACUGCAUAAACCUCAUUUUCUAAAUAUCUAGGCUUAAUACAAAUAAUUUUGCAAUGACAUUAUUUGGUCACUUGUUCAUGAUUUUAAUAUGAUCAUUCAAAGUAGACUACCUGAAUUUCGCAUUUUGAGGUGUAAGCAAAAAUACUGCUGUCCCUUCCUGGUGAAGCACCUGACUGUGUUCAUCCCAGCGAUUGGAGGAGUGCUGUUUGUGUUUGUGGUCAUCUCUCUCCUGCAGACCAGCUUCACUGACCCUGGCAUCCUGCCCCGGGCCACGCCGGAUGAUGCCGCAGACAUUGAGAAGCAGAUCGGUUUCAGAGUGAAAUGGAAGAGGGGAAGAACCUUCACUUGGCCGAACUGGCUUGGGAUGUGAAACGACGCCCCAGGCUUGAGGAGCUGGAAAGAGAAGUGUGCAGGGAGCUGCGCCUGGAGCGCCGAAUCCGCUGGUCGGUGAUUGGACAGCCUGGUAGCCAGAUGGGAGAUUGGAGACCCCUGGGAAUGGAGACACACACACCUCUGAAUAUUUUGCCAGUAGCGCUGUGGAACAUCCAGAUGCUCUUUUGCGAACUUCAAACGUGCAGCAAUGUUUUUAUUUGGACAGUCGGUGGCUUCUUCGUGGUGUCCUCCCAUGAACACCAUUCUUGUUUUUGUGUUUUACGUAUCGUAGACUCGUCAACAGAGAUGUUAGGAUGUUCCAGAGAUUUCUUUAAGUCUUCAGCUAACACUCUAAGAUUCUUCUUAACCUCAUUGAGCAUUCUGCGCUGUGCUCUUGCAGUCAUCUUUGCAGGACGGCCACUCCUAGGGAGAGUAGCAACAGUGCUGAACUUUCUCCAUUUAUAUACAAUUUGUCUAACCGUGGAGUGAUGAACAUCAAGCUUUUUAGAGAUACUUUUGUAACCCUUUCCAGCUUUAUGCAAGUCAACAAUUCUUAAUCUUGGGUCUUCUGAGAUCUCUUUUGUUUGAGACAUGGUUCACAUCAGGCAAUGCUUCUUGUGAAUAGCAAACUGAGUGUUUUUUUUAGGGCAGCUCUAACCAACAUCUCCAACAUCUCCAAUCUCCAACAUCUCUAAUCUGGUCUCAAUGAUUGUACUCCAGGUUAGCUGACUCUAAUUAGCUUUUGGAGAAGUCAUUAGCCUAGCGGUUCACAUACUUUUUCAACUUACACUGUGAAUGUUUAAAUGAUGUAUUCAGUAUAGACAAGAGAAAUACAAUAAUUUGUGUGUUAUUAGUUUAAGCAGAAUGUGUUAAUCUGUUGUUGUGACUGAGAUGAAGAUUAAAUAGACUGUUAUGACCAAUUCAUGCAGAAAAUCAGAUAAUUCCAAUAGGGUUCAUAUACUUUGUCUUGCCACUGUAUUUGGAUGAUGUGAUAUGCGUUUGCCAGUUUGGUAAAUGUAAAACGUUUAGAUGAGGAGGAUGAUUAAGUUGCAACAAUGGAGACCACACAUUUGAUAUAGAAUAAUUGCUAAAAAAUAUGAAAGGUAUACUUGUUAUAUUUACUUUUUUUUAAAUUUGAUAUGGAUUAACAUGUGUUUUGAUUUCCAACAUACUGUAAAUCUAUAUCAAUUCCGUUGAUGUACCUUUCUGUGUUCAUAUAUACAGAUUACUGUUAGGGACUUGCUGCUCAUGAUUGGGCACAUAACUAGCUCAGUAUUGGAGGAGGUAAAUAGCAUCCUGAUCCCUGCCUUGGUUGACCUUAUAAGGUUGAGAGCUUCAGAAAGUGAUGCAGAGAGUAUGCUCUCCAUCAGCAAAGACACCAACGAAGAUUCAACCCAGGGCUCUGUCAGCUGUACCUCCCUACUCUCCAAAGUCAAUGUGACCUGUCUCACUCAGAGUCCUGACAGUAGGUUCUCCCCAAUCUCCAUUGAUGAACCAGUCACUGCUGUCCAGACUUAUUGUAGCAGCAGUUCUCUGUCCAGUGAGGAACGAGCACACUCUUCCUCCAGUCAGAUCUCUAAUAAAAACCUACAGGCUGCUAGGCCACGUUCUACCAGGACCCAAUCUGCCAUGCCCCAAUCUGAUAAUGUGACAGGUUAAAGGAAAUACUAAUAGCCUGUUAUACAUUAAACAGUAUUAGUAAAUUCAUAGUAUGUGAGGAUCUUAAAACAUCUAAGGUUAAGAAGAUCAUGCAUUCAGUAUUAGUUGAUAGAUUGAUAACAUUUAUAUAAUUGUGUUCAAAUCCGUCAAGCAUACAAAGGGUACGAAUUGUGAGAGGAAUGUGUAAACGUUAUGUUGAUUACUUUAUGUUGUCGUGGGUAAAAGUGUUAAUCUGUGAUCUACUAAAUGCUCUUAAUCUAUGAGCCUGAGAUUGAUUGCUCUGGUCUCCACUCAAAUUCACGGAGAAUUCGCGGUCUUUUUCUCAUUGCACUAAAGGUUCUCAAUGAGUACACAUGAACCUAUCACUCUCGUGAUUCUUUCCCCCCUUGUUCAGGUACGUUAUUGAUGAUUAAAACGAGUAAUUUAAAUGUAAUAACUUGCUAACAUGUCAAGAGUGUUUAAGGUGUGUCUUAGUAACAUAUUGAGGAAGUUAGUUAAGUUUGCAGAGAGUAAUAUGAGCCGUGCUCGUUUGCAGCUAGCUUCGUACUGCUAGGUACUGCUACGUAGGUGCCAUUUUAUGUCGAUUGUGAAUGAACAUGUGCUUUAAUAAGAUAUUUUGCGGCAUUAUUUGUGUAAUUGUUUUUCAAACACUUUAUUGCCUGUUGAUAAAUUGAGUUAUGGUUUACUGAGUUAAAGCUUUGUACUUGACAGUUAUUUUGAAAAUAGUAUUUGUUUCAGUGAUGUACAGUGUAUACUGUUGUGACUUGAAUAAAACUAUCUAUUUCCUGUAGAUCUGUUAUUCUGUAAAAUGUGUUACUUAUGUAAAAUGAUUGCACUAAAAGUUCUCAAUGGGUAAACAUUAACCUAUCACUCUUGUGAUUCUUUCCCCCCUUGUUCAGGGGUGUAACACUAAACCACCACCUGCUAAACCACAAUCUGCUAAACCACCACCUGUUAAACCACCACCUGCUAAAGCACAAUCUGCUUAACCACCUACUGCCACUGACUACUCUGGAACCUUAUCUGCUGUGGUAGGUUGUGGGCAUGUCAUCCCUGUCAAACUGACCUUGGCCAGUUUCUCCUCCUUACUCUCCAGCGAAGAGACCAACACCAGCUUCCCCUCCAGCCAGGGCUCAUCUAGCAGAAGCUCCCUGGUGUCUACCACUUUGAAAAUCUCAGCCACUGACAUGCAUCCCAAGCAGAGGUCAGCCAGGAGCAACUCCUUCUCCUCCUCCUCUGACUCCAUCAAGCUUUUAGACAGAAUGAGUGACAUUCCUUGCUCCCUGGCUGUGAGCUCUAUUUCAACUGUUCCUGGACCUGACUCUAGCAGCAGCCCUAUGCGGGAGAAUAAAUUUGCUACUAAGGUCUCGUCGAUCUGCCUCAGCCAAGAUAUAAAUGGUCAAGGAGGGAGUCUGACACAUCCAGCCCCUUUGGGUGUUUCCCUCCCCUCCAUUAUUGAGUGUGCUGGCAGACUUGUAUGUUCGGUCAUCUCCCAGUCUUUAGCAAUUGCUGAGCCGCGGUGAAGUGUGAAUGGUGAGGAGGGCGCUCCAUCUCCCACCACAGUCUCCCAUUCUCCUACAAGGGUGUUUGUCAGCCACAUAAGGAGUAGCCCACUAGGUGAGGACCUUGUAGAUUCAACACUUGCGGAUGUUAUCUCUGUCCUGAAAAUGGAGGGAAUUCUUUCCUCCUCUCCGACUUUGGACGAGGAGCUGCUUGAUCUCUCCUCCAGUUGUUCUUCGUCAUCCAGCGAAACACUGCAAUGUGUGUCUGUUGGCCCUCUUGGCAGUGGGUCGGAGACGUCCUUCAAACUUCUUGGGGGUCGUACUAUGAGUGUCGCCACCCCAACGGCCCAUGUUAUCACAGAGGACUUAGAAGUCUACAGUGAUGAGAUCAUUAACGAAAUCCUUAUUAUAAUGAGGACCAAAAAAAGAUGAUGACAGUGGAAGUGACGUCUCUGGUGCAUCAACACCAUGCAACACACCAGCACCACAGAGCCGGUCCUCUUCUGCACUGAGGGGAGUGCUUCCCCAUGACAGGAGGAUACUCAGCACAACACUGCUUGGAAUCCAGAACACACUAGACAGUGAGAACCUCUCAGGAGAGAGCUCCAUCUCACCACAGGACAAUGCCAGAGUCCUGGAGAUGAUAAAGUUGUUGCAGAGGCGCCUUGAGGGGACACCCUCAGAGUCCUCCAUCCAUAUCACAGAUGUGGCUUCACCCUUGGGCUUUCCUCUCCCUGUAUCUCUCCAUGCUGUUCAGUCGUGUGUAUUUGCCACUGACGAAGACCUGAAGGCAGAAAGAGUGAAGGGAGUCUUUGAAAGCCUGAGAUCCCGGUUUGAGCUACUCCAUCAAGCCUGUGAGUAACAUCAUUACCAGGGCAACAACAAAGAUGGCUGCCUCCAAUCAGGUUAGUUUAGAGACACUCCAGGCAGCAUCAGCAACAUCAUCUGCUAUGGCUCAACCUUAUUAGUUUGGUUUUAUUUCAAGUUGCCAUGGUGUCCUGCUCUGAUGACUUAGAGGGUCUGGGUGAUCAUCUCAGAUGCCCCUCAACUUUAACCAGAGUUCUGACACCUUUGACCUCAGAGAAAGCUACACUGACACCUGCUGUUCAGAAGAUCAGAAGGGAGAUGUCUAAGGAAGUGGCCACUGAACUCCAGAGUUUCUUGAUCAAGGAAUCCCUUACUGGCACCCAGACACCAUCCAAUGGACAUGUUUGCACUUCUGGUUCUGCCCCAAGGGAAGCUGUGCGGGACAUCCUGAGGAAAACCAAAGAGGAGGCUUCCAACAAAAGCCUGAAUAAUAUUUUCUCUGUUAGUUUGGAUGAGCGGCUCACAGACUCCAUUGCAGAUGCCUUAUAUCCAAAGUUGCAUGACACAUUGGAGUCCAAGAGAGAGCUGCAAGCUUCUUAUUACAGCUCCCAGAUCAGCUGCAGCCUCAGCCCCUUCGAAGUUGAGAGCAGCCUAGAGCUCCAGGAGUUCACUGACCCACUAUCUGAGUCAGUAUUGUGUCUCCUGGAUAGGACAUUUAGAGAUGAAGCUCAGAACUUAAAGACAGGCGGGGGUGUUUUACAAUAUGUCACAGACCCAACCUAUAAGAAGCUUUUGAUUGAACCCCACACCAACGAUGUCAAUGUGGUUGUGCACACGAUUGCAUUGGAGGAGUUGCCUGUUGAGGGUUGUAUUGCGCAAAGUGAGGCCAUUCAUGGCCUUCACAAGAAGCAAGAAUUACCUUCCAGCACCAGUGACAGAGGGAAUGAGACCCCGAGCCCUACUAAUUGCCUACUGGAGGGUGUAGUGGACAAACUGGUACGGAAGAUGCUAUUUCAGGGCCUUGACAUCCCUGAGGUACCCAUGAACGACAGCCGCUCUGAGAACUUUAAGCUACAGUAUGAACUGUUUGCAAAGCUUUGUCCUCUGAUGGUCAGGACAAUCAUGGCUACAACCAUAGCCAAUCAACCACCUACUAUUCAAGAAGCAGUGAUGUCUUCCGAGAACAUCCAUGUAAAAGAGCUGUGUGAGGCAGGUAUCAAACCUCUCAAAGAGAACAAUGUACCCGAUGACAGCUGGACCCUAGUUGAGGAUGUGACCAACAAGCUGUCCAGUGCUCUGUGGGUGAGGGUGACUAACAGGUGGAGGGAAGCAAAUGUCUGCCUGAAGGCAACAGACAUCUUUCAGUUGGUGCUGUCUGUGCAUAGAAAGUUGAUGCAACGCUAUGGCACAGAGGAAGCCCUACAGGAGAUACUGUGCCACAAGGCACCCAAGCUGCACAAGGACAUUGUCUGUCUUGUCACAAACGGAAUUAUGGAUGCACCAUCCAAACUUCAAGGCACCAAAAAUCUGGAAUCUACACUCAACUUGAAAGAAUUGACAGCCUUGUUUAAUGAAAUGACAACCCGUCAAUCUUUGAAUAAGAAAGCUGAGCAGAGCAGCAUCAAGACUGAGAUUGAACAGCCGGAGUGGUCCACUGUGGAUCAAGUGACAUCCGGUUCCACCAGCUUCAUUAGGGAGCUAAUAUUAGAAGAAGUCCUGAUGAAGCUUGUCAAGAAAAUAUGCCGUGUGCCAAAAAGGACCAACAAACAUCAGCGCAUCCAGAUCAGUGAUCUGGUGACUGAGCUGAUCCGAUUGUUCGAUGAUGAGGUGGCCAAAUAUCUGAUUGAGGAAAUGGAAAGCCAGCAAAAAAGUUUCAAUUCUAAGAUGACAUCGAAGCUGGCAGAUGCCAUCUACACUGACCUUGGGAAGGUCAAGCCUUUGAAACGCUCCUUGAAAAUUGACGAUAUAUUUGAGGAUCAGGAGAUGCUUUCCAUUGUCUCUGACAUUGUUUCCCACAAGCUACUGGCCAUCUUGAAACCCUCACUGCCCAACCCAUAUGACCACGAGACCUCAGACCUUGAAGAUUCAUGCAGUGAUGAUGUGGAGGAUGCGGAAUCUGAGGGGGUGCAUUAUGCCACCGGCAGAAAGUCCAAGAUGAGCAUUGUCCUUAAAGACACUACAGAACAGCCAGAGAUGUACAUUGCUGUGGAUUCUCCACCUAUGAUUAAAUUAUCCAAGAUGAGGAAAGGCAUCCGGGGCUUCUUCUGGGGAGUCCAGAAGGCCUGGAAACGCUUGGUCACCUGCAAGUCCUCUGGGUCCUCUGAUGGGUAGCCUGGAUGACGUGCAGCCCAUGUCAGUUGCUUUUGCCAGGCUACAUCUGAGGAGAACACCACAACUGGCCUCAAUACAACAUUUUUAUUUUUGUUGUUCAUUUCUGUUUUCAUUUUGAGUCCCCUAAUGCUGCUCUAUUUGAACCAGGCUGUCAGUGGACUAGCUUACCAUUAGUUUAUACUCCUUAAGGAAGAUCCACUAUAGGCUACUCAACACCAAAAUUCCAUCUGGGUCUUUUGAUCCCUUAUUAGCUCCCACUCCUGUAACUAGGAAUGUGAGCUUCUAAAUGUCAUUCAGACAUCUACAGCUUCUCCUGUGAUCAGGAAGAUAAGCUAAGAAGCCCAACCAAUUUAGAUGUGAUGCCAUCUCCCUAUUGUAAUCAUUGAUCCACGUCCAUUGCAGCCUCUAAAUUUGAUGUAGAUAUUUAGCCUAAAUUAAAGAAUUACAAGGAGGGUAGGCCGACAGCAGCUUCUACUCUUACGAUUAGGAAAGUGGUGCUAAACCUUUUGGGCUUUGAGGAACUAUGUAUUUUAUUUUUCAAUCACUUACAUACUUUUUAAUGGAUGUUUUAAUAAACCAUUUGUAUUGCAGAUUUUGAUUAA